AUGAGUACAGCACAGGCAACUGUUCAAAAUGCGCCUCUACGGACUCAUCUUACGCUGAAAGGUUCAGUAGCUUUGGUGUCGGAUUUCCUAUCGUUUGGGAUCCAAUCAAUUCUAUUUCAGCGUGAAAUCUAUCCAUCAGAUGAUUUCAAGAUGGUGAAAAAAUUCAAUACACAAGUUUUAACCACAAUUGAUGAGGGAUUACGAGAAUACUUGGAACGUGCGAUGCUACAAGUACAACAGUGGCUCACCGAAGGACAGGUAAGAAGAAUCGUGCUGGCAAUUGUGGAAAAAGAAACCCAAGAAACUGUAGAACGAUGGCAAUUCGAUAUAGACGUAGUAAAUAAGGGAACGGAUGAAGCCAAUGAUGGUAAAGAGAACAGCGACCCUGAAAAGAAAGCUCAACCAAAUAACACCAAAAAGACAGAUCAACAGGUAAAGAACGAGAUUGGAGCAAUCAUCAAACAAAUCACCGCAUCAUGUACAUUCUUGCCUAUGUUGCAAGAACCAUGCGCUUUCACCAUUCUAGCUUACACAGAUUUGCAAACAAAGGUUCCCCUGGAAUGGUCAGAAUCAGAUGCUCGACUCAUCUCCGAAGGACAGGCGGAACAAGUUAAAUUGAGAAGUUUCUCAACCCACGUACACAACGUAGACGCUCUUGUGGCUUACAGAAGAACGGAUGAGGAUGAAUAA